CUCACCGCCCGCCCGCCCUAAAGCUGAAACACGCACACACACGCACACGCGCGCGCACACACGCCUCCCAGAACACAAAGCUUCCCUUUUUCGUAAUUUAAACCUAAAACCUGAAGCGGUGUGUGGGAGGCGGUCGCUCUGGGGCCGGACGCCUGCACGCAGCGGCAGUAGCGGAUCUUCGAGCCCCAGUCGGUGUUUUCUGUCAGCGGCUCUGUUACAUCUCAGCGGCGCGGGCUGGAUGUAAGUCGCGGCCGGCAGGCGGGCUAAUCCGAGAUGCUCCGCGGCUGCUGGAGCUCCGCUGACACCGGCCCGCUUUCAUCAUGCUCUGCAGACGGUCGGCGAGGUAAGCGUGACCGCCGCGCAGCGACAGAGGAGACGAGUUCACACGAUGAGAGAGAGCCGGACUCGGCGCUGCGAGACACGGGCGGUGAUUCAGCUGCUCGCCUCCCUUUGUUGGAGUGGAUGAUGUUUUCUGAGAAAGACGGAGGAAGACAGAAAGCCAUCCGACCUGCAAGUCGAGACAAGCGUGUCAAAACAACGCCUGCCUGCAUUCCGCCAUACUUGGCCUUUCCCCGUCUUUCUGUACACAGACGGAGCUUCUUCGGCUCAUUUUGUGCGCUGAUUUAAUGUAGUUGAACGGAAACGUAGCCGUGCCGCGCAGCCAUUGCAGUGCGAAGGGAUUACAGGCUAAAGAGUCAGUUUGCUGUCCUCUAAUCAGAAGUCAGUCGGAUGUCCGUUGCUGUGGUUGGUUUGCGUUUUUUUGCCGCGAUAAAGCAGGAGGAUGCGGUGGCUGGGGUGCUAUCGGCUGGGACCGAUGUGGAAAGCACUCCUGGUGUUUGUGGUUAUUGCCUUUGCUGGUCAGCUCCUGGGGGUGCUCUUCAAUAAAAGCUGGGUGCAGCCAGAGCGGCCUCGUUCUCUGUUCUCCAUCUCCUCUGAGAACGGCCAGGUGCCUCCUGGCUCCUGUCGACCACACACCCACGUCAUGUUCCUGAAGACCCACAAGACAGCCAGCAGCACUGUUCUCAAUAUGCUGUACCGCUUUGGUGAGGAGCAGGGCCUGCACUUCGCCCUCCCAGUGGGCUACCAGUUUGGAUAUCCUCUACCUUUCAUAGCCCAGAGAGUCAAAGGGUACAGGGGCCCCCACGUAGCACAAUUUGACAUCAUGGGAAAUCACAUGCGCUUCAACAAGCCAGAGGUGGAAAAGGUCAUGCCUGCUGACACCUUCUGUUUCUCUAUUUUGAGAGACCCUGUUGCAUUAGCUGAGUCCUCCUACGCUUAUUAUAAAAAUGUUGCCCCUGCCUUUCGACGUGCGAAGGGACUGGGUGACUUUGCAGACAACCCUCGCAAAUAUUACGAUCCUCGCUUGCGCAACAACCACUACGCCCGCAACCUUCUGUGGUACGACUUUGGCUUAGAUCACAACGCCAACUUCUCUGUGUCACUUGCCAAACGUGGUGAAGCAACAAUACGACGGAACUUCAGACUCAUCCUUCUGUCUGAGUAUUUCGAUCAGUCAAUGGUGCUGCUCCGUCACGCCCUCUGCUGGCCUCUUGAUGCUGUUGUCUCUUUCAGCCUGAAUGCUAGGCAGCAGAUGCCCAAAGGAAGGUCAGUCUGGGUGGGGAAGGCUGCUGCCCCAGCCCCUCUGGCCCUUACCGAAGAGCAGAGGCAGAAACUGCGGGAGUGGAAUGCCCUGGACUGGCAUCUUUACCAAGCCUUCAACCACACUUUCUGGGCUGAGGUGGAGCGCUUCGGCCGGGCACGGAUGGAAGCGGAGGUGAUCUUGCUUAGGAGCAGGCGGGAGAUCCUGGCUCGUGUGUGCCUGCGUGACGGGGGCCAGCCUGUGGAAGCCAGUCGUAUCCGGGAUAAGGCUAUCCGCCCAUUUCAAAGUGGCCUGGUGAAGAUCUUGGGCUAUGAGCUUCAGCCUGGACUUGAUAAUGCCACAAAGGAAGCCUGCUUACGCAUGAUCAGGCCAGAGAUCCAGUACAAGGACCUGUUGGAUCUCCGUCAGUUUCCACGUGCCCAGCAGCCCCCAGGACAAGCAGUUGCUGCUGGUGGGGCUGCUGUCAGGAGGGACCCUUUGUCUUCCAGGACUGGGGAGCACUUGGGGGAGUCAAUAGAAAGGGACUGGGAUAGAACCAUACUGGUGCGUAAUCAGUCCGUACAGCAAGUGGACGGUAAGGGAAAGCUUAGAUAGUGAGUGAGCUAGUCACACCCAUUUGCCUCAAGGUCAGACAUAGGCCUAAUUUAACAUUCUAAUUUAAGGCUCUAAUGGGCCUCUGCACUACUUAGAGCUGGAGUCAGAUACUGGACUUGUAGAUCUCCGCUCAGCUCCCGAACUUUUCCUCAUCUUGUCCUUCUCCACUGUCAUAGACGUCAUUGAGUAAAGAGAACUGUUUUGAGGUACCCGAUAUAAACCACCCACAUGAUACAGUCAGCAUCAUUAUACAACUGAAGGACUAGUGCAUGUUGGACGAUCUGGGUAAGCAGCUCAUUUACUUCAGUGUCUGCUUGAAAUGAGCUGUGAUAUAGUAUGAAAGCAUCCUUCAUGCUACAGUCUGUCUCUCGCACAAACACACUUUACGUUUCAUUCUACACAAGUACACACAGAUACUUAGGCUUGUGGUGACAUCGCACUUUUUGACAUUGACACUGCUUAGGUAUCUGGGGACAACGCUGAAAUACAGUGCAAAAGCUAUUGAUUGGAGUGAAAAUGCCACUAAAGCAAAAGCUUAAACCCUUAACUGUCUGGCACAUCAUUCUGAAAUAAAUACAAACAAGUAAUGUCUUUAUUUAGAGGGGUAGGCAUUCAUUUAUGGUAAGUACAUCACUGUAACUCUCCGACAGCUAGCCUUACAAAGAAAAGGCUGUAGAAAGAAUACACCCUGUCCAGAGGCCUAUAAUAAGAGCAGACAUUACAUUAAGCUUUUUUGUCAUAAUGACUCUUUGUGGGUCUGUGAAAGUGAUGUCUCCAGUUGAUGACACUGUGAAAUAAUUUACCAUCCAGUACAUGCAUUAUUGCCAGUCUCUGGUCUGUUAAAGAGAAAACACUGUUCCACUCAUGGUGAUCUACCUCUUGGCAGCUUGUCAGAGGUUGAUAUUUUCUGUUGGUUGUUGUAUUGUUAAAUAUCUCUGUCUAGAAUGGUACAUAUUUGUCAUUUUGCAUUCAGUUCAAUCAUAACACAGCAGUAUAGUAUUGCCCAUCAUGUCAGUUUUGCCUUUCACAGAGGAAGUUUGUUAACUACAAUGAUGUGAUACCACUUGACAGACUAUAUGUCUGUAAUUUUGUGCAUGAUGAUGCUGAACAGUUAUUCUAGAUCGAUCAGAGGAAUGAAUUUGCGGUGAACAAAAACACUAAGAAAUUAAGUGUUUGUAGAUGGUGAAUGUUUGGUGGCAUGGAAAAUACUAGAAAACCUAGUAUGCCAGAAGACUAUCACAUUCACUUUGUCAGUACACAACCCAGGGAAAUUCAUGUCCAAAUCUGAAACAAAUUUAGUAACUUUGCCUUAUUGGAGCAGGGCUUGACUUUGAAAGCUUGCUGUAUUUAUUAUGUUUUUUGUAAAAAAAAAAAAAAAAAAAAAAAAAUCUCAAUAUAUGUAAUGCAUUUCUAUUUUCAAAAUGCAAGUGUCUCUUCCACUCUAAAAUUGACGAGAUGUAAUUGUGUUUGAACUUGACUGGAAUGCACUGUGCAGCUUGAUAUAGCUCAGCAUAUUAAUAGCUUAUCAUAUGCAACUUCCAAUGCGCGCAGAGUACGCAUCUUCAGAUGUAUUAAUUUAUUACUUUACGGUUUAAGCAUCAUUAUUAAAGAGAAACAUUCCAUGAUUGGCCAUCGUCAUUAUAGCAAGUGAAGAAAUGUACUGUAUGUUAUAAUACUUUAUGCAUGUUUACAGAUAGCAUUGAUUGACACCAGUGUUUGAUAGAAAACCUGUUUAAUUUCUCAGUAGUUGUCGCACUACAGUUCUUAAUGUAUUUACUACACUUGAUUUGUUAGCAUAGCUUACUUUUCUUCCAUCAUAUAUCUUAGCAGUCAUUAAUAUCUCAAGCCUAUGGAAAAAUCUGUAAAGAGAUGCAGGAGGUAGACAAAACAUGACAAACACCAGGUGAAAUAGGCAUAACUUUUUAAAGCAACUAAAUCUGUUUUAAAGCAAUAUUUGCUUUUUUAUUCAUUAGAAUAUUAAUAUACCUUUUGUGCUAGAAAAGACUUCACAUUCUUGAGCAAUACUGACAGUUUGUGAUAGAAACGGUGGAAACUAAUCAAAAGGUACAGCAAGCCAGCGUCAUAUGAAAAAAGGAAAAGAUGAUGCAGUAUGGAGGGGAGUGGUGGUUGAAAAUUGAAGCUGAGCACAAUAAAUUCUCCUUGGUCUCAACUAAAAUUGCAUACCAUUAGAUUCUCCAAAUUCAUUCCUGGUAAGGCUGCCAUCUGCCAUCUCCACCGCCACUUUAAAAGAACAGAAAACCACAUGUGUUGAGUGGAAGAAAGCAAUAUCAAUCGUAUCUGUAGUUUUCUUCUUGUAAUCUACAUCUGCGGAAGCUUUUCUUCUGGGAAAAUAGAUGGACAGCUUGAAUCCGAAUAGCCUGCUCCCAUCGCUUCAUCAUUUUAGUACUGAUGUAACAGUGUGUAAAGAAGUCCUUAUUACUGAUGCCUAUGAAUGUUCCCUGGUGUUUCCAUUAUUUUGUCUACCCCUAUAAUAUUUGCUUGUGUGUCACAAUGCAAAAAAAAUAAUAAUAAUUUACAUUACCUUUGGUACUUUCGCUUAAAGGUACACCAAAGAGUUGCAGAUACUUCUAUGGUAUGAAAUAUGGAACUUGUGACUGUGAAAAUGGAAAUAAGUUAUUGAUCAGAUAGCAUCAACACUCUUCACUGUGGGGAGGAAAUCAAACAAAGCAACCUCUAACACCCAAGUGGUUCCAAAAACAAUCAACUUGAGUCUGAGUCAUCAUGAGUUUGAUGCAGCUGACACCAAGUGACAUCUUAAAAGGAGACGUCUGAGAAGCAUGAAAAAAUGUGUAAAAGGUUAAUUGCUGAGCAAGCUGUCAGAAAUGACAGUAAUACCACUUUGCUCCCCCAGCUAGCUUUCUUCAGUACCACAAUCCUCUGUCUAUGGUUAAAAUUCAACAUGAAUUGAGUUUGCAGUGAGGACUCUGACACCAUUAUAAAGAACAGUACAGUAAAUAUUAUUUCUCUUUCUGGCUGAGCUGUUUGAACCUUGGCAAUUCAUGUACAAUAUUUAUUCUCUUUGUUACUUGAAAAUUGGGGUUUAUUUGAAGCCUUUGUGAGUAUGGGGUUGUGUUGGAUCUGGUUUACUUGUAUGUAGUGGAAUGGAAUAAAACACUUUCAGUAAGAGAAGUGAA